AUGCAGUCCAGUCCGUUGCUCCUCGAGGAACCCAUCAGAAUGGCUUCCAUCCUCGAACCAUCCAAGGCUGUCAGUUUGAGGUUGGAGCUGAGUUUCUUUCCAGCUAUGACGAAGAUUGUUGGCACUCUUGGCCCAAAGUCACGCUCAGUUGACGUUAUUUCUCAAUGUCUUUUGGCAGGAAUGUCUGGUAUUUUUCCAAUGCAACCUUUGAUUGCUGUGGCAAGGUUUGAUUUUUCAUGGGGUGAUCCAGAAUACCACCAAGAGACGUUGGAAAAUUUAAGAGCUGCUAUCAAAAGUACCAAGAAACUGUGUGCGGUUAUGCUAGACACUGUCGGUCCAGAACUGCAAGUUGUCAACAAAACUGAGCUCGCAAUUUCCCUUCAGGCUGACACAUUGGUUGUCUUAACUCCUGAUCAGAAUAAAGAGGCUUCUUCAAAUCUUUUGCCUUUAAAUUUUAGUGGGCUUUCAAAGGCUGUGAAGAAGGGUGAUACUAUUUUUAUUGGUCAAUACCUGUUUACUGGAAGUGAAACAACCUCAGUGUGGCUAGAGGUAAGUGAAGUGAAUGGUGAUGAUGUCACUUGUGUCAUAAAAAAUUCUGCUACUCUUGCUGGGUCACUGUAUACUUUACAUGUCUCUCAAAUUCGUAUUGAUCUUCCCACACUAGCCAAUAAGGAUAAGGAGGUAAUAAGCACGUGGGGUGUUCAAAACAAUGUAGACUUCCUCUCAUUAUCAUACACCAGGCAUGCCGAAGAUGUUCGCCAUGCCCGUGCCUUUCUCUCUAAAUUAGGUGACCUCAAACAGACACAGAUAUUUGCAAAGAUUGAAAAUAUAGAGGGAUUGACACAUUUUGAUGAGAUAUUGCGAGAAGCGGAUGGUAUCAUCCUCUCACGUGGAAAUUUGGGGAUAGAUCUUCCACCUGAGAAGGCGUUUUUAUUCCAAAAGGCAGCUAUUUACAAAUGUAACAUGGCUGGAAAACCUGCUGUUGUCACACGUGUUGUGGACACUAUGACUGAUAACCUAAGACCUACUCGUGCAGAAGCAACUGAUGUUGCCAAUGCAGUGCUGGAUGGUAGUGAUGCUAUUGUUCUUGGGGCAGAGACUUUGCGUGGAUUAUAUCCUGUAGAGACUAUUUCCACUGUUGGAAAAAUUUGUGCUGAGGCAGAGAAAGUUUAUAAUCAAGAUAUAUAUUUCAAGAAGGCUGUCAAAUUUGUGGGAGAGCCAAUGACUCAUUUGGAAUCAAUAGCUUCCUCUGCGGUUCGAGCAGCCAUCAAGGUUAAGGCUUCUGUUAUUAUUUGCUUUACUUCAUCUGGAAGGGCUGCAAGGUUGAUUGCCAAGUACCGUCCGACCAUGCCCGUGAUAUCUGUCGUCAUUCCUCAACUAAAGACAAAUCAACUACGAUGGACUUUCACUGGAGCUUUUGAGGCAAGGCAAUCACUUAUUGUGAGAGGUCUUUUCCCUAUGCUGGCAGAUCCGCGACAUCCAGCCGAGUCUAAAAGUGGAACAAGUGAAUCAAUUUUGAAGGUUGCUUUAGACCAUGGCAAGGCUUUUGGUAUCAUAAAGCCACAUGAUCGAGUUGUUGUUUGCCAGAAAGUUGGUGAUUCCUCAGUUGUGAAGAUUAUUGAGCUUGACGAUUAG